ACAAUCUUUUUAGGUUGGAUGAUUUUUUAGGUAUUUUAAUAUUAUUAUUUAAUAUGUCUUGUCGUUUUUAUGACCAUUUUCCUCUAAUAUUCUGUAAAGUCCUGAAGCUGACCGAAGUCACCAGUUUGUGAUCUUUGUUUGAAGCCUUUAAACGGAAACGCUGCUGGUUUCUUUGACUUUACACGUUCUUCUUGUUGUUGUGGUUUUUUUUUUUUUUUGCCACAGAGGAGGAAGUGUUGCUCCUCUUCCUCCUCGCCUGUCCUGUGCGCCUCCUGUGCGGCAGCGGUUCGCCUCCAGCUGCGGGUCCGAGCCCGGUUCUCCGUCGCUGCUGAUGCUGGUGAAGAGGAGAGGCCCCGCGUGUCUGCUCGCGUCCAGCAUGGCCUCGCUGGUCCUGGUCCUGGUGGUCCUGUACGGCUCGCUGGGCAGCCGGCUCGCCGCCAGCUCGGGCCUCCUCCGGCGGGACUACCAGCUGCUCGGCAGGCCGCUCUUCAAGCUGGACGUCAGCUGGCCCAAAUCCCCGGAGCUCUUCAGCGGGGACGUGUUCGGGGUGGCGGUCAACCAGUUCGCUGGGGUGGUUUAUGUUGCGCAGAGAGGUAACAAUGUGCCCAAAGUGUUGGUGUUCACCACAGACGGAGACUUCCUCAUGUCCUGGAACACGUCCACCAUUGAAAUGCCUCAUGGGAUCUUCCUGGCGGAUGCCGCGUCUUCAAAUCCCACCGUGUGGAUCACGGAUGUGGGAAGUGGUCCUUAUGGUCACACCGUCAAGCAGUUCUCCCCAUCAGGGAAGCUUCUGCAGGUACUGGGCACUCCGGGGAAAGCGGGCUCUGGUUUGGACCCUCUGCAGUUCGACCAGCCGGCUGAGAUCUUCGUCCAUGAAUCUGGAGAGAUCUACAUCGUAGACGGCGAUGGCGGGAUGAACAACCGCCUCAUCAAGCUGUCCAAAGAGCUGCAGGUGCUGUGGCUGCAUGCAGAGAAGGGUCCAGGCAUGGCCCAGUUCUACAUCCCGCACAGCGUGACGGUGGACGGCGCUCAGAGAGUCUGGGUGGCUGACAGGGGCAACAAAAGGAUCCAGGUCUUUAACUCCGUCACUGGUGACUGGCUGGGCUCCUGGGGGAGCUGCUUCACUGAAGACGCCCCCUACUCCGUCCGCUUGACCCCAGACAAGAAGUACUUUGUGGUCGUUCAGCUCAACACCAGUCAGAUUUCCCUGCUGGACGCUCCGCCGGUGGGCCUGAUCGGCCAGUGCAGAGUGGUCAGUGUGAUCCAGCUGGCUGAAGACGUGAAGCCACACCUGGUGGACCUGGACCUGAAGACCGGUGCUCUGUAUGUGGCUGAGAUUGGAGCUCAGCAGGCUCAGAAGUUCACCCCCUUCAGCCUCGGCGCCUUAAACUGAAGAGGUCAGAACCUUCCAGAAGAGUUAGCAAAAGACUACACUGACUCAAGCAUGUGAAUACAUUCAGUCAACCAGGUGGAGGAGAAUCUGUUUGUGGUGUUUCAGCUUCUAAACUUCAGCUCUGUGAUGCACACGGUCCAUGAAAACAUGACAUGUCCAGCCCGGAGCAGAAAUCCCAUCCAGCCUGUUCUCUUCAUGGAUCCACAGACUCAUUACAGCAGAACCAGUAACAGGACACGGCGUUCAUGUGGGAUGACAGCCUGUAACUCACUCAUGUUUGUGUCAUUUCCUGCAUUGGGACAAACAUGCACAUGAGCAGGGAGUUCCCCGCCGACAGAAGAUGAAUCCAGACAUCAUAGCGAUCCCCCACAAACACCAUUCCACUCAUGAGAGUGAGACCCUCCAGGAUACAGGAGGUAUCCUAGAGUUGGCUUUGAUGGAGGCAGGAGCCCUGCAGCAGCUCUUUGAGGUGCUGACCUCUGCUGACGGUAGUGUUCUUGGCUCAUGAGUCUGUUGAUGUGUGGAGCAGGAAGGGUCUGGAUCUCUGCUGUCCAGUACUGAAACGUCUCACCCGGGUUUCCUGACCUUUUCAUGGACUGAACACAUCUCAACGCUCGCUGGUUGAAGAUGAAUUUUCUCCUCUUUCAGCGCAGACUGAGCUGCGACUCUCUGUGUGGGUACAUGUCUGCAUUUGGACUUGUAACUGGACAGUAACUGUUCUCUGGAUGUGUGUCAUCAUGCUGCAAAGCUCAUUCAGAUCAUCCAGACUUGGCUUUGACGGACAUUUGAGGGACUUUCAGCUUCAGAGCAGAAAUCCAAACAGACUUUGAAUGUAAAUCUUGUUUGAACUUUGUGAAUCAUCAGGGAAAUACCUCAUAAAUGUGAUGCUGAGGAAGAUACUGGAGGUCUUCAUGAGGAAAGGGUUCAGGUUUGUGAUUAAUGUUGUCAUUUUUGUAAUUCUGAUGCAUGAAAUAAAAGGAUGCGGAGAAGCUGAAAUGAA